CGCAGCCGAGCGCGGCCGGGCAGGGCUCCCCCCCCAGCGCGAGCACUGGGCCUGGCAGGCGCCCCGAGAUUGUUGUGAGGCGUCUCGCCAGUUGGUGAGCGCUGUAAUCUGAACCAGCUGUGUCCAGACUGAGGCCCCAUUUGCAUUGUUUAACAUACUUAGAAAAUGAAGUGUUCAUUUUUAACAUUCCUCCUCCAAUUGGUUUAAUGCUGAAUUACUGAAGAGGGCUAAGCAGAACCAGGUGCUCGCUCCGUGGGCUCUGCAGUGGCUCGGAGGACCCAGGCGCUGUCCCCGCGUCCUCUCCGCGACUCGCCGGCCCGUCGGGAACAGAACCGCCGCGGCCCGGGCCCGAGGAGGCCGGAGCGCAGGACCCCGCCCGGCCCUGCCCGCGAGCUGGUCUUUCCGUCGCUUCUCGCCUCGCGCGUCUUGGACAUGCCAGGAUUCAAGAGGAUACUCAUCAUUACCGUCCUGGCUCUCUGUCUUCCGAGUCCUGGGAAUGCACAGGCACAGUGCACUAAUGGCUUUGACCUGGAUCGCCAGUCAGGACAGUGUUUAGAUAUCGAUGAGUGCCGGACCAUCCCCGAGGCCUGCCGAGGAGACAUGAUGUGUGUUAACCAGAAUGGCGGGUAUUUAUGCAUCCCCCGAACAAACCCAGUGUACCGAGGGCCCUACUCGAACCCUUAUUCGAACGCCUACUCAGGGCCAUACCCAGCGGCUGCUCCACCACUGUCAGCUCCAAACUACCCCACGAUCUCGAGGCCUCUCAUAUGCCGCUUUGGAUACCAGAUGGAUGAAAGCAACCAGUGUGUGGAUGUGGACGAGUGUGCGACGGAUUCCCACCAGUGCAACCCUACCCAGAUCUGCAUCAACACAGAAGGAGGAUAUACCUGCUCUUGCACCGAUGGGUAUUGGCUUCUGGAAGGCCAAUGCUUAGACAUUGAUGAAUGUCGCUAUGGUUACUGCCAGCAGCUCUGUGCAAAUGUUCCUGGAUCCUAUUCCUGUACAUGCAACCCUGGUUUUACCCUCAAUGAGGAUGGAAGGUCUUGCCAAGAUGUGAACGAGUGUGCAACUGAGAACCCCUGCGUGCAAACCUGCGUCAACUCCUACGGCUCUUUCAUCUGCCGCUGUGACCCAGGAUAUGAACUUGAGGACGACGGUGUCCACUGCAGUGAUAUGGACGAGUGCAGCUUCUCUGAGUUUCUCUGCCAACAUGAGUGUGUGAACCAGCCUGGCACGUACUUCUGCUCCUGCCCCCCGGGUUACAUCUUGCUGGAUGACAACCGAAGCUGCCAGGACAUCAACGAGUGUGAGCACAGAAACCACACGUGCAACCUGCAGCAGACUUGCUACAAUUUGCAAGGGGGCUUCAAAUGCAUCGACCCUAUCCGCUGCGAGGAGCCGUAUCUGAGGAUCAGUGAUAACCGCUGUAUGUGUCCUGCUGAGAAUCCUGGCUGCAGAGACCAGCCCUUCACCAUCUUGUACCGGGACAUGGACGUGGUAUCAGGACGUUCCGUUCCCGCUGACAUCUUCCAAAUGCAAGCGACGACCCGCUACCCCGGGGCCUAUUACAUUUUCCAGAUCAAAUCUGGGAAUGAGGGCAGAGAAUUCUACAUGCGGCAAACAGGCCCCAUCAGCGCCACCCUGGUGAUGACCCGCCCCAUCAAAGGGCCCCGGGACAUCCAGCUGGACUUGGAAAUGAUCACUGUCAACACCGUCAUCAACUUUAGAGGCAGCUCCGUGAUCCGACUGCGGAUAUAUGUGUCGCAGUACCCAUUCUGAGCCUCGGGCUGGAGCCUCCGAUGCUGCCUCUCACCAGCACCAAGGGACAGGAGAAGAGAGGGAACAAGAGCGAUCACGAGAGCGAGACAGACAGUGCACCUUUCCUGCUGAACGUUUCCCCAAGGAGUCAGCCCCGAUGUCCUGACCCCCACCUACACCAUUGCAGACCUGUCACUCUGAAGGCCACCCCCGGCUCCUAAGAUGCAGUUAUCGAAAAGUAUUCUCAUUGGCUCCUGAUGUGACGUUAUCAGUGAUUUUCCAGUUUAUUUCCAUUUUUUUUUUUUAAGAAAAGAGAUUAGGUUUGCUGGAGUCUGAGUCUGUGUCCAAAGACUGUGAACAGCUUGCUCUCGCCUCUUCCACUCCCUUCUCUCUCUCACUGCGUCGCUGCUUUGCAAAGGCCCGGCGGGCUCCCGGGGAACGCUGGGCAUAGCUAGAUUGCUUCUCUCGUGCGCUGCGAAGGCGGGAUGGAAACGAACCACAGCAGGACCUAAGAGUUUUUAAAGAGUCUAUUUCAAAAUCACGUCUGGUAUUUUCAGCCAUAAAAGAAGUUUUAGUUGUCCUUAAAUUUGUAUAACUGUUUAAUCCUUUCUUGUUCAUUUUGAGUAUUUUAAAAAAAAAUAAGCGGUAGAAUUCCUUCAGAAGGCCUUCCAACACAUGCUACAUUCUGUCUUCUCAAAUCCAGUCUCCUCUCCAUUUUAGCCCAAUGUUUUCUUUGAGGACCCCUCAAUCUUGCUUUCUUUAGAAUUCUUACCCAACUGGGUUGGAAGGCAGAGAUCUCCAAACUGAUUAAAUAGUCGAAGAGA